AUGGGGCUUGGAUACAAGGAGGACAUGGGGCAGGCGAAGCCCAGGAAGCCCAGGGGCCAGAAGAAGAAGGCAGCUGCCAAGACGGGGGUGGCAGAUGGCACGAUGCAGGCUGUAGUCCCGGCCGGGAAGGCCGAGCUCGUGUUGGUGGCCAAGGCCAUGCACCGUGACCACUUUGGCAAGCACGUCGAGGAGCUCUUCCACCUGGAGAAGGAGGCAGCCCUCAAGGCCCUGCGGACAGGGAGGUGGCGCGGGCUUGUGUCUCACCUUGUGUCUCUCCAGGCUGAGACAACGUUUGCGCCCCGCUGCGGCAGGACGGGCGAGAGCUGGGAGCCUGCUGACGUCGCUGCUGUGCCCUUCCUACCCCCCAAUGCGAGCUCCUGGGUCCCCUCACUCAUGCCUCAGGACAUCCUUUACCGUGGGGUCCUUCGCAGGAAACUCCGGUCAGGCAAGUCUGGAGCUGCCCUCGACUUCACCAAGCAGCUGGGCCACUUCUUUGUGGAUCACCCAGAAGAUGCGUUUGGCUCCCUGGGGCAGCUGCUGCACAAGAACUUCUACCUGGGCAACUCCAAGCUGAGGAGAAAGGCCCGAGACACUACCAUCCGGAUGACAUCCCUCAUUGAGGAAAUCAACCGGCUGAAGGCCAGGCACGACGCCGCCUCCCCGGGGGGGGCGCUGGCCUGGCUGCCCCCCGAAGACGCAGGCACACGCAUGGGCUGUCUGGUGUACCCUGGAGGACAGGCCAUGAACCACCUCUAUUUCCAGGAUGUGGUGCUGGGUGAGGUGCCCCGCACCCGGGGCUCCCCAGCGCAGUUUGAACUCAACGGACGCAUCCGGCAGGUGGCUGCCACCCAGAUGGACGGGGAAGGUUUUGUUGGUGUCCGCUCAGACUAUCACUGCGGUGUUUGGAGGGUGCGGAGCAGGACAGGCGCUGCCCCUACCCCGCUGCAGGUCAUCCGCACCAACGUGCCUGCCUCCUGCCUCACGGUCAGCCCUCAUCUCCCCGGGGAGCUGGCUGUCUGCACGCAGAGCGGAGCUGUCUACCUCUGGAGCGUGGAGACGGGGCUGCAUCAGCUCCGCCGGGACCCCGAGACCAUGUUUUUCCGGGACCAUUCACCCUGGCGCUGGAGCGAGUUCACUGCCCACCCGCGGGUGCUGAGCUGUGCUGACCGCACCGCCUGUCUGGACGUGGGUGGCAAGAGAGGGCCUCCCACCGCUGCGUGCUCAUGGCAUCCUGCUUCGCUUUUCCAGGCACCUGGGAGAUGCCACUUUGAUUUCUUCAAGGUGGGUGAGGAAGCCGGGUGUCAGCAGGGCGAGCGCGUGGUGCUGCCCAUGUACCUGGGCAGGGCCCACCCCUCCCAGCACCUUGUUGCCACCCAGUUUGCAGUGUACGUGAUGGACGAGCGCUUGCCGCUGGUGCCCAUGCUGAAGUGGGCACAUAUGAUGAAGGACCCCCCGCUGUUUGUCCACGUGGUGCCAGGGGGCCCCGGCAGGAGCCACAAGGUGCUGCUUGGCGCGCCUCACACCCAGGAGCUGUUGCUGCUGCAAUACACAGGGGGCAGCAAGUCGGCCUGCCAGCUUGCCGGGUCUCCGCAGAAGCUGCACAGCAUCUCUGGGCUAGCGGCAGUGCAGCAGGCGCAAGGACCUUGGGAGUCCCUGCUGGUUUUCCAGCUCUCCGAGGCUGGGGACAUCUUCUACCAAACCCUGACGCAUGACGCAGCGCAGCCCAGGGCUCCCAGCCGUGGGGACAAGGAUGCGGCAGUCCCCAGCGCUUCCCCUGUGCUGGAGGCUCCGUUGGGCAGCGCGCCCGGCUCUGGUGGCGAGGAGGAGGAGGAGACCUUCUACUUGUCCAACCUGGAGGUGAUUGUCAACGAGGAGGAAGAGGACGUGGGCACACCAGCAGCUCCAGAGGAAGCCCAGCAGCAGGAGGAGCUCCGUGCCAGCCCCCAUCCCUCGCCGAUUGUGCCCAGCCCGGCCGCCACCGCGCGGUACCGCCGCUGGCUGAAGGCGCUUUUCAGGGACUGUCGGCACCUGCCUCAGCAUGCUGGGGCCCGGGGGGCCCCCACCACCAGGUGGUGGUUGCUGCUCCGGAGCAGGGAGGUCAGAAACACAAGAGUUGCUCCUUCUCCUGACCUCAUCGAAGACGCAACUGUCUGCGGAGCUGUGCACUUGGACCACGGUGCAGCGUUUCCCUCCACGGGCUCCACUGGGGAUGUGGGGACGUGUGGUGCCACCUGA